AUGGUAUAUGAAUUCACAUUUUUUAUUCCAACAUCAGAAAUCUUCGAAGAAUACGAUUCAGAGAGUAAUCAUACAAUUUUUAUUUGGAUUGAAGACAGCUUCUUCAAAACAUCAUCAAACUACACUAAGACAUCCGAAUUUGUUUUCAAUUCACCAAUUGUUUCGGUUUCAACAUAUAAUUUCAGCAGAUUCCACAAGACAACAAACAAAUUUAUCAAUAUUGAGGGAAGUAUCGAAGAUUCGGACUGCACAGGUCAUAUCUCUAUCUUUUACAAAUUUGAUGAUUAUCCAUAUUCAGAAUUACAUUCAGAAUCCAUGAACACAGAAUGUAUUAUUUCAUUUUCUAACGAAGUUGAAUUUCCAACAGCAUUUUCAGAAUCUGUUCACAGUAUCACAAUUUAUUGCUCAGAUGAACACAACAAGAAAUCAAACGAAGAACAUAUUUAUUUUUAUUAUGAAUACAAUUCACCCGAACUCACAAUCAACACAUUCGAGAACGGUCCAUAUCAUCGAUGUUUGAACAAGAGUAUUCAUCUUGAAGGUCAGAUUGUAGAUCUUGAUGGCACAGGUCUUGUCACUAUUCGAUGUUACAUUGACAACGACAUCAUUGACACUAAAACUAUUGAAAUUUUAAAUAUUAAUGAACAUCCAUUUUCCUUUGAUCUAGAAUUUCCAUCAGAACUGACUGAAUCAUUACAUCAUCUUAUAGUAACAGCAACUGAUGAAUCAAAUAAAACAUCUACUCCUUUUCGAUCAGCUUUUCAAUAUUUUUAUAAUUCACCAUUAUUAUCAAUAACAACAAGAAAUAAUCAGACAUUUGUCAAAGAUGUCAAUAAGAAGCUUUAUAUUGAUGGUUUUGUUCAAGAUUCAGAUGAGCGAGGAACAUUUACAAUCAAAUACAAACUUGAUGAAGAAACAUUUAAUGAUUUAACAACAUUUUAUAUUUAUGAUAAUAAUCAACGUCCAUUCACCGAAUCAAUUGGAAUUGAUUCUAUUUCAUGUGGAUUUCAUUCAAUUUAUCUUUAUGUUGUUGAUGAUGAUAAUAAAACAUCAUCACAUCAACCAUUAACAUUUUUUGUUAUUCCUAACAGUCUGAAAGACAACAAACACAAGAACAUCCUUUCGAUUCCUAAAACAAUUUAUGCAUUAACAUUAACUAUUUCAAAAUCUUCUAAAUAA